CCGGAAGCUGUGACGUUGUUGUUUGUUGCCGUAUGCUACAAAACAGUAAUUUGAUCAUUCGGGAAUUUAAGUGGCGUAUACUGUAAAUUACAUCGCUGGACAAGAUGGACUUUGAGUUUGAGGAAGAGCUGAGGAGUGCUGAUGAGCUUCUUGAAAGCUUAAGAGCUCGAGAGGAGACACUGGUUCAACCAAAUGUGCUGCCUCUGCCUUCAGCCCCAACUGUUGAGUGGAGAAAAAGAGACAGCCAGGGGGACAUCAUUUACAAAUGUCCUAGAGCCAAAAGGGCAACUGUAAAAAGAAUAAGAGGUGACCACAACAAAAACUCUGCUGGUCCACUUGUUACAGAAAAUGACUUGAGUGUUGGCCAUGCAGAAGUCUCUGAAACAGCUGACGCUAAUUUUGAAGAGCUGAGGAGACUUUUGGACACUCAGGAAGGUGAUGCUGAUGAUGUUACUCCCAUUCAAGAUAAUGUCCCUCGGUCUGCAUCCAAUGACUGGACCAUUAGAUCUGCAAUAAGGGAAGAGAGAUGGAAAGAAGCUAGAGCUUUUCUUGUGGAGAACAUUUUGAGAGGAGAGGAUGCAAGUUCCUCAAUCUGCCAACAUUGCAGGUCUAAUGCAGCUGUUGUACGCUGUAGGGACUGCCUUCCUUACCCUUUUCUUUGUGGAGACUGUGACGAGCAAAGGCAUGGCAGUUUCUUUGUACUACACAAUAGGGAUUCCCUGGUCUCAGGCUUUCUACAGCCUUUACCUCCUUCCACAGGAUUCAUGCAGGCAGCUGUUCAAAUUUCUAUUAAACAGCUUGGUAAAAAUGUCCCAUCCAUCCAUCCAUCCAUCCAUCCAUCCAUCCAUCCAUCCAUCCAUCCACAUAAUGUGAACUUUUUGGUUGCACAGUUCGACUGCUGCCUGUAGAAAUACCAGCCCAUAUUUGUGGUUGCAGUGACGGAGCAGUCCUUGUUUCUUCAGGAAGGCCCAUUACCCUCAUUACUAUGAAUGGAAAGGAAGCUGUUUACAUAAUUUUGAAUUUUUUGCAAAUAUGUAUUGUUUUUUAAACCUUUUAAUGUCAUACAGUUUAUUUUCCUUCUUUAGGUCGAUAUAACCUUAGCAUGCCUCACUUGUCCUGUGCUGUGUGUGAAUAUUCACGUGAGCCAUCCUUGACAGAACUUCAGAGGAGUCUCUACUGGCCCGGCAACAUUCCUGCAAGUGUGUUAUUUACCACAGAUGUGCUCGUCUCAUUUCAUGAGAUGAAAAUUGCAUCACCAGGGAUAUCUUUUCAAGCCUUCGUUAAAAUGCUUGAUGAGAAAACGAUAUUCUUUGGUCGAAGUGGAAAAAUAUCAGCCAAUGUAUUUAGCUGCAGUUUCAAUGAAUGGGUUGCAGCAAGAUAUGAAGUGGAAAAGUUGUGCCAGGAGGAUUUUUUCACUUGUCCAGCAUGCACUCCAGACAUGCUUGCCAUUUCUGUUGAUGGUAAUCGCAAACACUAUCGUUUUAAAAACACAGCAAGCACAGACAAAAGGGGAUUAUUUGGCAAUCUUUUCUUACAGAGUGAUGUGGAGGUGUCUGACUUUGUGGACUACAUUCACAAAAACAAUAAUCAUGUUUCAGGGAGAGGAUUGUGUGGAGCAUCACAAUGGUCAGCAGCAAAGGAAUCCUCCAAAAAAUCAAGCAGCAAAUUGGAUGAGGAGGGAUUGGAAAUUGCUGUCUGUCGCCAUGGGAUACUCCUUAUGGCCCUAAAUAUGUUUCGAGGAGAAAUUUUUGCAUAUCCCCUUUUUCUACAGAAAAAACUUGCUGAAAGGUCUCAAGGGACCAUCAAAUUCUUCUGUUCGGAUGUGGCCUGCAAGUUUUUUCCAUACUUACAUAGAGUAUCUAAGAACUGUCUUGAGCUACAGCCUUUACUGGAUAUGCGUCCUUUUCUGUCAGUAAUGCAUGCCAAAGCACACGCUUGGAAAUGUGAGGUCAAGUAUGGUGGUGCCUAUCAAGAAGGAGCUGGGUCAACAAUUGGUGAAGAGGUGGAGCAGGUGAAUAGUUUUCUAUCUAGGCUUGCUAUUACCACCAAGUACAUGUCAAAAUCAGGCCGUGGGGACAUGAUUACAAUGCAAGCCAUGUCCUGGAAUAAGAGAAAGCUUCUUAAUUUGGGACAGGCUUUAGUUGCUAGAUUUUUAAAGACUCAGAAAGCUUUGCAAGAGCAACAACGCAUCUUGGAGGCACUGAAGACAGAGCUAGCACUGUAUGAUGAUUGUGUAGUUGAGCAGUGGAUUUCAGAUGUACAGCAAUGGGCAGAAGAAAGUGACCAUUAUGGAAGUGGUGAUCUGAAAAAGUUACAAGAGGAAAUAGAGGGGCUGACGGUGAGCAUCAAAAGGCGAACACAACGUCUGUACAGUCAAACAGACAGCAACAAGCGGCGCCACUCUUUGCGUCUUCGAAGGAAUGAGGAAAAGAAGAAGCUGGCUGCUGCAGUGGAGGAAUACAAUAGCAUAGCGGAUUCUUCCCAGCAGCUUGGUCCAGUUGAAGACUUCUUCAUAGCUGAGACUGUUGCCUGGCCUUGGCAAAUCCCCAGCAAUACUGAAUCCGUUCCUUUUCCUACCAAGAGGAAGGUGUUUGAUAGAGUGAUGGCAAUGAGACGCCUUCAGGAAGAGAAAAGUCUUCUUUGUAAGGAGAUGCAACAGCACUGGAUGGUCCUGACCCACAAGACAUCCAAGCUUGAAGCAUUGAUUAAUGAAAUAAGUUCUAAAUCUGUUUUUUCUACCCUGUCCGACUCUGCAUGCAAGGGGCUCCUGUGCAUUGUUCGAAAGAAACAACAUGAACUGAAACAUUUAAUGCAUUUGGUAAGGGUGGGAUAUAUGAACAUUUUCAGUGAAGAUGAUAUGGUGCCUGAAGAAUCUGAGCUUGAACAUGAAGAGGAAGCACAAGAGGAGCUCUCAGAAAGCAACAGCAGCUCAGAUGAUGAGUAAAAUGUGAGUUUAAAGUGAUAGUUCAUCCAAAAAUCAUUUACUCACUCUCAUGUUGUAAACCUGUAUGAGUUGCUUUAUUCUGUUGAACACAAAAGAAGAUAUUUUGAUAAAAGAUGGUAAGCACACAGCUGAUUGUAACAGUGGACUUCCAUAGUAGGAAAAACAAAUAAUAUCUUCAUCACAAUAUUUCCAUAAUUUGAUAAAUGAUGGAUAGCACACAGUUGAUGGUACCCAUUGAAUUCCAUCUUAUUUGUUUUUCCUACUAUGGAAGUCAAUAGUUACAAUCAGCUGUGUGCUUACCAUCAUUUAUCAAAAUAUCUUCUUUUGUGUUUAUUAGAAUAAAUGAAUUCAUGCAAAAUUAAGAAAAACAAGAAUAUGAUGACGACAAUUUUCAUUUUUGGGUGAACUAUCCCUUUAAGGCACAUUUCACUUUUUUCUUUUUUUUGUGAACAAGACUUUGUUGAAACUUAAAUGUAAUUUGAUUAUUUGGUCGCUUCAAGCCCAAGAUUAAGUUUCUGACUUUGAUUGCUUAUGAUAUUACAGUUUUAUUGUGUACUUAGUAUAAUCAAUUAAUUUGAGAUUAUUGAGAUGUAACAAAGUAAUGUAUAUAAAGAGAAUUUUGUCUGAGCAUUUUGUUUCAGCAGAAGUAAUGUUUUUAACCUUGUUGGGAACUUCGUUAUACACUAAGUAUUUGUUUAUCCCCUGUAUGUGUACAUUUGUGCACAUUUAAAGCCCGAUAUGAUGAUAAGUGUCUAAUAUUUACAUGUAUUCUCUUCAUAUGGUGUUGUAAAGUCUGAAAAUAAA